AUGCUGGAUCUUUACGAAGUUCGUGAGAGUAUCCUUGAGCAGAUACGUAAUAAGGAUGCCUUACCUCUACGAAGGAUCAGAGGUCGAAUCGGUGAGCAACUUGAUCGUGUUGCAGAUAAAUCUUCCACAAAAGACAUUCCCGGUAAUUGCGAUCUUCUUGACUUGAGCUGUUCGAAUCGGAGUCACACCUCUGAGGUGCCUAGAACGCUGUCGCGGCGUUCCGGCCCCAGACAACUUAGCGUUUACGAGCACCGACCCGGUGUCGGUGAUGUCAGUGCAGGGGAUAUGGAUGGCUGUGAUCAGGCCAGUGAAACCACCACCAGUGCCUUUCCCCUUCCCUCACCACCGCUACCGCUACCGCCGCCGCCACCACCACCUCCCGCCGAAUUCACCGAAACCGAUUUAAAGCAUCCAUUAAAAGCCUCAUCAGCCUACGCUCAUCUCUCACCCACGGCCGCAACAACAACAACUAGCACCCCAGCUUCCGUCAACCAGGCGCGGUGGCCUGGUCUCCACCAAUUAGCUGACAGUUUCCAAAACACCCUACGAAUUCAAAAAAACACCGCCCGUGGUUUCAAGGAGGUAUCCUUCUGUUCAGCGCGUCAGUCCUACGGCAGUCCGAAGAGUCAGCCUCGAAUUGAAGUUUCUUCCAGAUGUUCGCCACCCCUCAGUGGAAACGAUAAGAGGUACAGUAGUAGGGCUGCAUCUUCCUUCACAUCCUAUCAGAGAGACAAGAUGGAAGUCCCAGAAAGACGAGUUCCCGUGAGACUGCAUGAUGAUAAGAGCGCAAAACCGGUGACCAUAAGGAAAUCCCUUGACCCCUGCUCACCCCUUAGGAUUCAGGAUUCUGCCUAUCCCAGUUCGGUGGCAGCUUCUUCCAGCGAAACAGGUCAUACCGAAGACUUGCCAGCCAGUCGCACGCGGGCUUACAGUCAAUACGAGGUUAGGCAACAGCCAACCGCAGGAGUCAGUCGAUCAUUGAGAUCCAAUGCGCUGGGCGGGCAGGGUGUUGACCUCCAGCAGGAUUCCGCUCAAAAGUUCAACCAGUCCCCUCUAGUAUACGACUUUCACCGAUAUGGACGCGAGACCGCAUCCGAAUUGGCAGCAGAACGUGAACCAAAAUAUCCGGAGAAGAAGAGGACCUCAGUUGACAAAGACAGAUUCCCUGAGGCGGACUAUCCUACUCUCAAAUCCCUUAACUCGCCGACGAGUAAGGAAGACUCCGGCGUUCAGACAGGACUGGAAGACGACGUUGUGAACACGCACAGUCAGCAAGUCUUAUCGGGUAGUAGUGCCUGGCGUUCUCGCUCUUCUACCCUCCCCUCCUUCCACGCCUCCUCUGUAGGAACUGAAGCUUACCUUACGACGCCUGAAUCAUCCUUCUUAGAAUCAGACUGCUUAAAGUCUACCUGGAGCUUUCCAAGGCACAGCAUUUAUGAAGAGAAGUCAAUCAGGCAGAAGGAGGCUCCCACAGAACGCUCGGCUGUCAUGCCAUUGGCUGCUGGGCGACCUAUCUGUCCUCCACACCAUUAUACCGGCUUGGGCAUGUUCCAGGGGCUUGCGCCGAAGAUCUUUCGUUCAAACAGUCAGUCAAGUGAGUCACUUUGUUAA